AUGUACGCUACUAGUCCCGUUAGAAACGUGGGCGUAGCGACUAAUUUCUUGUACAAGUUAACAGAAUUAGCUGCUUACACUUCGGCUGCUCUCAGUGAUGCUUACAAUGCUUACGGUACAAUUACAUCUAAUGGCAAAUUUGAGCUAGAAAUUCCUGUACAGACAAAUAAAUCUUAUAAAACUUUUGGAUCACAAGGACAGUAUAUUGACGAAGAUGAAAGGCAUUUCAAUAACGACAAUUCAGAGCUUCUCGACACGAAUAAUAUUGAGUUGAACGAUAAUGACACGAAAAAUGAUGAUAAUAAUGUGACUACCAGUCAAGAAAUAGAUUUUGGUGUUGAUAAAAAAGACCGAUGUUCGUGGUCAACAAAUGAUAAUGAAGAAGAACCACCACCACCAUACGAUAUUUCUUGGUCAAUGCCAACUCAUAAUAAUGAAACGAAUCAGACUUUAUCGAUCUCCACUAAUAACUUAUCAAAUAACUUAUCAAAUAACUUAUCAAAUAACUUAUCAGAUGUGUCUACUCUGUCCAUUUCGCCGAAAAAUAUACGAUUUGAGACUCCACAAACUGUUUCUCAGAUCGAUACCUCUUCUACUUCUCCGUCUACUCCUGUUAAACGUAGGCAAAUUCGUGUACGUCGUCCUCGACGAUUACUUCGUCGCAAGUCUUCUUCAACUGAUAUUUUAAUUCAACCUAGUGAAUUUGAUGAUCAUGAUGCUUUUAUAUCAAAAAUCAAUGAGAAACUUAUUGAUAUGAUCGCUCGAGGUAAAGCUGCCUUAAACAGUACUGUCAGUGUAACUGAUGUUGAUAUAAUGCUUGCUGAAGAAAGAGAACGUGAAGAUCGCAUAAUGAAAGAACUUGGCCUUCAAACUCCUCUUAAUCGCCGUAAUAGGAAAUUUAAUACUUCUUUUUCUGAUUACGAUUAUUUUAGUGCUUCAAUAUCUGAUCAUACCAAUUAUUCCGCUCCAGAGUCUUCAUCCUAUUAUGAUUACGGUUACGUUUCUAAUAAUGCUUAUUCUUCUUCAAAUAAUUAUGUGUCGUCUCCUCCUCUUCACCAUUCUUCCCACAUGCAUUAUAACUCCCAAUCUCAAUAUAGUUCUUAUAUAACUCCUCCUCUUCAUCAUUCAUCUCACUUGCGUUAUAACAUUCCAUCUCAAUUUAGUUCUUAUACUACUUCUCCUCCUCAUCAUUCUUCCCACAUUCACUACAAUACUACUCCUUCUCAAUAUAGUUCUUAUGUAACUCCUCCUCUUCAUCAUUCAUCCCACAUUCACCAUGACACUCCAACACAAUAUAGUUCUUAUUGUCACAAUAUAAAUAGUUUCAACGAUGAGAAUUGGUACCGAGGAUACCAUGCACGUGGUGCUACGGUCGAUUAG